GAUUUUUAUAACCCAGCCAGACACCUGCAAGCGUUACGCAGACAUGGUCUCCACCGGAACGAGACUGUCGUCUGGCCCUGAGGCGGUAGCUGCCUCUCGAAGUGAGGUUCCCGCUUGGGACUGGGUGCUCUGCAUGGUGCGCUCCGCUUGAUCACGUGAGCCGGUUCCAAGAUGGCGGCUGGGGUGGCUGGGUGGGGGGUUGAGGCAGAGGAGUUCGAGGAUGCACCUGAUGUGGAGCCGCUGGAGCCCACGCUUAGCAACAUCAUCGAGCAGCGCAGCCUUAAGUGGAUAUUCGUCGGGGGCAAGGGUGGCGUUGGCAAGACCACCUGUAGCUGCAGCCUAGCAGUCCAGCUGUCCAAGGGGCGGGAGAGUGUUCUGAUCAUCUCCACCGACCCAGCCCACAACAUCUCCGAUGCAUUUGACCAGAAGUUCUCCAAGGUGCCUACCAAGGUCAAAGGCUAUGACAACCUCUUUGCCAUGGAGAUUGACCCCAGCCUGGGUGUGGCAGAGCUGCCAGACGAGUUCUUUGAGGAGGACAACAUGCUGAGCAUGGGCAAGAAGAUGAUGCAGGAAGCGAUGAGCGCCUUCCCAGGCAUCGACGAGGCCAUGAGCUAUGCAGAGGUCAUGAGGCUGGUGAAGGGCAUGAACUUCUCAGUGGUGGUGUUUGACACUGCGCCCACAGGCCACACGCUAAGGCUGCUCAACUUCCCCACCAUUGUUGAGCGGGGACUCGGCCGCCUCAUGCAGAUCAAGAACCAGAUCAGCCCAUUCAUCUCACAGAUGUGCAACAUGCUGGGCCUGGGAGACAUGAACGCAGACCAGCUGGCCUCCAAGCUGGAGGAGACGCUGCCUGUCAUCCGUUCCGUCAGCGAGCAGUUCAAGGACCCUGAGCAGACAACCUUCAUCUGUGUGUGUAUCGCCGAGUUCCUCUCCCUGUAUGAGACGGAGCGGCUGAUCCAGGAGCUGGCCAAGUGCAAGAUUGACACACACAACAUCAUCGUCAACCAGCUCGUCUUCCCUGAUCCUGAGAAACCCUGCAAGAUGUGUGAGGCUCGCCACAAGAUCCAGGCCAAGUACCUGGACCAGAUGGAGGACCUGUAUGAAGACUUCCACAUUGUGAAGCUGCCAUUGCUGCCCCAUGAGGUUCGGGGGGCAGACAAGGUCAACACCUUCUCUGCUCUCCUCCUGGAGCCCUACAAGCCCCCCAGUGCCCAGUAGCACCAACACCAGCCCCAGCCGCUGCCAAUUCACACCCACCCUUUACCCUCCCGGGGCAGAGUUUGCACAGAGUUCCCCCGUAGUACAGGGGGAGCCACUUGGGGGGUGGGAGGCGGGGAGGGGGUCUUUUCCCCCUGGUGGGGCUGGGGGAGCUCCCCCCCACCUCUCCCCGCCUCUCCCUUCUCAAUAAAAUGAUCUUAAACUAC